CCUCAGGUUUGCCUCCUCCAGCCCUUCACAAAUCACAGACAGGACCACACUGGAAAAGGCUGUUCUUCCUUGUCCAGCAGAAAUGCUUCUUCAGACUGUACUCCUGCUCUUCGCUGCUGUUCUACAUCAGUCUCUAGGACAGGACCUAUCAGAAGGCAGUGGUACCUCUAUGGAGGCCCAGAAGGAAAUUGUCAAAACACACAAUGACUUAAGAAAAAUAGUGGAUCCACCUGCCAGCAAUAUGCUGAAAAUGACCUGGAAUGAGAAAAUUGCUGAGAGUGCGAAAAGAUGGGCUAAUCAGUGCAAAUUAGCAAUCAGUCCCAACAACCUUCGAAGUAUAAAUGGAAUCUUCUGUGGUGAGAAUAUAUUCUAUGCCAAUUAUGCCAGCUCCUGGUCAGAUGUGAUCAAAAUGUGGUAUAAAGGGGGAUCCAAUUUCAAGUAUGGUGUUGGAGCGAUUGACACAAAGAAGAGCAUUGCUGGUUUUACUCAGAUUAUUUGGUAUAAUUCACGAGAGGUUGGAUGUGCUGUUGCUCAUUGCCCAGAUACUAAGUACCCUUUCUUCUACGUCUGCCAGUACUGUCCUGCAGGGAACAUAGUCAACCUCAUGCCAAAACCCUACAAAGAGGGGAAAUCAUGCGGAGACUGCCCAAACAACUGUGAGGAUAAACUCUGCACCAAUCCCUGCAAGCAUGCCGAUCAUAUCACAAACUGUGUACAGCUUAAACAACUGUUCAGCUGCAACGAAAAAUUGUUGACUGAGAAAUGCCAGGCCACCUGUAACUGCAAAACAGAAAUUAAAUAAUGCAUACAUGAACACUGGAAGAUCCAUCCUGAGACAACUGUUGGUAGUGGAAGACGGUAAAGAUUCAGCAGGAAAAAGAAACUCCAUUUGUUUUCUCUCCAACUAGUAAAAUGUCAGCCUUUCCUUUAUUCAUGUAAAACAUGAGCAUUUCUAGAAUUUAAAAAGGGUAAGAGAAAUACAUCAAGCUCCUGUGUCUACUUUGUUUUUCUUUAUUUGUUGUUUUGCUUUAGAAAAUGUGUUGAAUGAUUAAGCAUCAAUAUUGCACAGCGUUCACUAGCCCUUUCUCUCUUCUUUCCCAAAUUCUAACUUCACCUUAGAUUUCAAUUCUGGGUUAAAGGUUUGUGAAAGUGUAUUUUGCACUACAUGUCAAUGCUUACUGUUGUUCAAUAUACUAAACAUUUAGCUACUACAAACUGAAUCUAGGCCUGAUAGUGAUUACAAACUGAUAUAUUCUUCUGUACCUAAGCAGUUCUGUAGUUCCCAUUUUUUUAUUAGCUGUAAGAUUUUUUAAAAUAAACUAUUAAGCAUUAAUUAUUUUCAGUUGGUUACAUUUGAAUUUUCUUUUCCUGAUUGUACAAAUUAAUCUAGUAAAUUAAAUAAAUUCUCUAAAUUUC